CUGGAAAUUUGAUGGUAUUCAAACCACAGAAAUUUUAUUUGGGAUAAUGGAUUCAGAAAAUAAAGCUAUCGCGAUAAUUGAUUAUAAUGUGGACCUUACAAAAUUAAAUGAAAAUUGGACUGUUUCCGUUAAUCCAGGAAAAUAUAAAUUGUACAUGAUGGACAAAACUUCUUAUAAUUACACACUUUCAGACAUAUUUACUAUUUCGAAUAAUAAUCAAACUCGGUUUAGUAAUUCAUAUAAUAACGAGCCCAGUUCCAGUACUCCUAAUAACCCACCCAGUUCCAGUAAUCUUGAAGGCGUAACAUUUGAUGCACCUCAAAAUCUUACAAUGGGUUCAAAUAUUGCAAUCACCUGGAGUUAUAGUGGUACUCAAAGCAGACUCGCUGUGUUGGGGAUCAUGCAUUCACAAAAUUCAGAUAUUCAAAUUAUAGAUUCUAAUGUGGAUCUUACAAAAAAAAGUCAACCUUGGGCUGUUACUGUCG